GAGGCAGUUUCUGUCACGUGAUUCUUCAAAAGGAGGGCGUGCCCACUACAACCAAAAUACUCUCUGCAAAGACAUCGAUAUGGCUAGUGAAGGAGAUGCAUCACCCGAGACACCGCCUUCAAAACCCAAAUCCGUGUCAGUUGAUCUAACUAAAGAUACUUCACUUCAGAUUGAUAUAUCUGAUGCUCUCAGCGAACAAGAGAAAGUCAAGUUUACGGUUCACACUAAAACUACGCUAAAAGCUUUCAAGAAAGCUGAUUUCUCUGUCGUGAGACAGCACGAGGAGUUCAUAUGGCUCCACGAUCAAUAUGUAGAGAAUGAAACAUUUGCAGGAUAUCUUAUUCCACCUGCUCCUCCUAAACCUGACUUUGAUGAGCCGAGACAGAAACUGAGCAAACUCCGUGAAGGUGAAGACACAAUGACUAAAGAAGAAUACACUAAAAUGAAACAAGAGCUUGAAGGGGAGUAUCUAGCUUUGUUUAAAAAGACUGUUGCAAUGCAUGAAGUGUUUUUGCAGCGUUUGGCAGCUCACCCUGUCUUUAGGGAUGAUUACAACUUCCAGACUUUCCUUGAAUUUGACGGAGAGCUCACCGUUAGGUCUAAGAACACUCGCGAGAGGUUUGGCUCCAUGUUUAAAGGUAUAUCAAAGUCCGUGGACGAGGGAAUCAUACUCAAGAACCACAAAGACGUUGACCCCUGGUUUGAAGGAGAGAAGAAGUUUUUGACAGACUACCACACACAGGUUAAGGAAAGUACCAAACAGUCCGAUCGAACUACUAAAGCUCACAAAAGACUCGCAGACUCUCUUAUUGGCGUCGCUUCGUACAUUUCACUUCUUCCGAUCACUAAAGAUGAUCCAUUAUCUGGGAUGUAUAAGAAGACAAGUGAGACAUUUGAAAAGUUGAGGAAACUUGAGUCACGCGUUUCAACAGACGAAGACCUCAAAUUUUCUGAUAUCCUUCGUUAUUAUGAGCGAGACUCUCAAGCUGGACUGGAUCUGCUGUAUCGUAGGAUGAGGAGUUUGGCUAAUCUUGAAGGAUCCAAUAAAGCUCUUGAGAAAGCUCGUACAAAGAACAAAGGAGUCAUUGAGGCUGAAGCUGUACAGAAGAACAAUACUGAAAAGUUUGAAAAGCUCUCUGAAAAUGGCAAGCAAGAAUUGACAAGUUUCAAAGGACGCAGAGUUGCUGCUUUUAGGAAAAACCUGAUUGAUUUGACUGAAUUGCAGUUGAAGCACGCUAAGAACCAAGUUAACAUACUUAGAGCCACAAUUGCUUCACUUGCUGUCCUUUAAUAACUAAUACAUGUCUGCCUGCUGCUGCUCUUAAUUGUUGUCUGUGUCUCUUUUUUGCUGAUAAAUACAAACAAUUAUUAUUAUUAUGGUAUAAACAACAAUAUAUAUUAGUCACAGUGUUAUUAUUAUUAUUGUU